AUGGCGGAGAGUAUACAUAUUAACUCAGGUCAAGGAAGCAUGAAUGGGCAAGAUCACCUACUGCCAAUAGCCAAUGUAGGGAAGAUCAUGAAGCAAGCUUUGCCGCAAGGUGCUAAGAUAUCGAAAGAAGCCAAAGAGACUAUGCAAGAAUGUGCUUCAGAAUUCAUUGCCUUUGUCACUGGAGAAGCCUCUGAAAAGUGCCGUGAAGGGAAGCGAAAGACGAUUAAUGGUGAAGAUGUUAUUUGUGCUUUCAAAACACUUGGUUUGGAUCACUAUGCCGAUGCGAUGGAGAGGUAUUUGUACAAGUAUAGGGAACAUGUUGAGAAAUCAGAAGUUGAGAGGCAUCAUAAUAAAUCCCUUCAGAUUGAUAUCACCGAUGAAUUGUCAACUGCUCGAAGGGGAAGUACUAGUGAUAAGAAUGAAAAUAUUAGAACAUUUUUCUGA